CACAAGCAAGGAAACAUGGCUGUGCGGCUCUUUGAGGGUAAAGACCAUGCAGCUGUUUACCUGCAGUACAGGGUGGCACCCCAAAAAUUAAUCAACAGGAUUAUAAGCUACAUGGAGAAAAAGACCCCAAAACAAUUCAACCUUGCAGUGGAUGUGGGCUGUGGUUCAGGGCAAGGGACCAUCCAUCUGUCUCCUUACUUCACCAAGGUGGUUGGAACUGAUAUUAGCGCCGCUCAGCUGGAGAUGGCACAAACCAAUAGCAGUCCACCAAAUGUCUCAUACAGGCAAUGUCCGGCAGAGGAGCAACCAUUUGCUUCUGGUGAGGUGGACCUUGUGACAGCCAUGACGGCUGCCCACUGGUUUGAUCGCAAACGGUUCCUGCAGGAGGCUGACAGGGUGCUGAGGCCUGGAGGCUGCCUGGCACUCCUGAGCUACACCAUGGACAUGGAGCUGGAGUACGGGGAUGUCUCCAGCAAGCUAAAUGACAUCUGUAAAGAGUUUUACACUGCCCUCCUUCCUUUCCGAAAUCCUUAUCUGGGAUCAAGCUCUCUGAAGAUCUACUCAGACAUGUUUGACUCCUGCUCUUACCCAGACAAAGAGUGGAAUGACUGUCUGCGACUGAGCAAAACCCUGCCACUUAGUGGUUACAUCGGCAUGGUGGAGACUUUCAGCAGCUACCAGAUACUGAAACAAAAGGACCCUAUCGAGGCUGAACGUCUCUCUAACGACAUCAGGAGCAAGUUGCUGUCUGCCAUGCAGGUGUCUUCUCCUGACACAGAAGUGUCAGUGGUUAUAAAGUAUUUCUACUGGCUGGCACGCAAACCUUGAUCAUUCUGACUAGCUGCAUCUUGGACACCACUCUUUAAUAACCUCUUGCAGCUUGAUGAAACAAAUCAACCCUUUGUUACUAGUUGUAUAUCUGCCAGUUGUGACACUUCCGUCUUUUGCGACCCAAAAAGGUAAAAUUAUUCAAUGAUUCAAUGAUUCAGUGGUUUUCUGCUAAAUGAAAACUAGAUGAAGCCCUGCCUUACAGUGAUAGAUGAGAUUGCAGCUUAUGACUAGAAUAUGAGAAAUUCUAGCGAACUUCACAGAAAGCAGGUCAUUAGUCUCUCGCUUAAACAGUUGUUAUUUUAUCUAUGUUUUUGAUGGAAUCAUUUAAGACACACUUUUAGAUAUGUUUGUCAUUAUGUUAGAUAAUAAUGUGUUUCAUAUUGCAUUUGGCCACUGCUGCUGAUAAAUCUAUUAAGUGUUGUCAGUGUUUUUGAGUACAAAUAAUGUGACUGCAAUGCAAGGAGAGACCCUCUAAAAACUUCAGAUGUCCUAUUUUCUUCUCUUCCUUCACCUCUCCUCCAAAUUUACAACCAUCAUUCAUCCAAGUCAGCAGUACGUCUCCCUGAGUGUCCUCCUCUCCACUGUAAUUUAUGUGUUCACAGAUUGUUUAGGGCCACAAGAACAGAUGGUAAUUAACAUGCAUGGCCUCCAAAUCCCCUGAAUCUCAAAGAACUGUAUUACUUUCCCCUGCCAAAUUUAGACAUAGUCUCAUAUUAGUGAUGUUAUCACACAAAAAUUAGCGCAUAGAAAUCCUAUUUUCAUACCAAAGGAACAUAUUUAUUUCAGAUUACUGUGUCCAUACCUGUUGCAGUCAAACAUGCCAUAUAUUUUAUACACUCCUCAGGAUUAUACAGUUUCA